CAAGUCAAGGAAUCAUUCUGCUUGCGGCUUCGAAGACAUAUUCAUUAGUCCGCUGUUCAUCAUGGUCCUUGUUGGCAUUUCAUUUACUCUUUCUGUUUGUUCCUAGCCUCUGAGCCCACUCGCCAUUAUGGCCACUGAGUCAAACGAGACAAGCCCGCUGCUAUGAAGAGGCCGCCGGAAUGAUAGGCACUGCCAGUACCAAACCCGCUCACACUGAGUCAUAGACAGGCAGGGCUGCUCUAAUGUUAUAAUUUAUUUAUAAACUAUUAUUUUGUGCUACUCGUUCCUUCUUUGCUAGCUACUACUAGUACUCGUCCUGCUAGCUGAACUUCGCAGUGCUGUCUCUUAUCUUUCUCUUUCCGUCUCUCUCUCGUCUGCACAAGCAAUGGCUUCCUCUCGUAGCUCUGUACAGCACAUUUCCCAGUUCGCAGCGCGAAAAGAGCAAGAAUGGCGAGAAGCGAACGAGCAGCGGCUCACUGCCCUGCAGCUGGCAAUGAAGGAGGCAGAAGAAGAGCUAGGGCGAGAGCGCGCGCGCUUCCAGCAGCUAGAGGACGACUUCAAGUUCAACCUGCAGGUCGUGCAGGAGCGCGACGCCGAGCUGGAGCGCUACGACAGCGUCUUCAGUCAGAUUAGCGUGCACCUGAGCGGCAAGGACAGCGAAGUCAGCGAGCUACGAAUAUCGGUCGACGAGCUGUCGCAGAAGCUGCAGCACGCUCGCGACGGAGAGCAUAGAGCUCAGCAGGAGUACGCGGCGCGGCUACAGGGCGUGCAGCAGGACGCAGAGCUGCUGCGCGUAGAGAAAGACAAACAGCUACGCGACGAGCGUGAACAGUUCGAAGCCAGCAAGCGAGACUACCAGCUACUGCUAACUAAACUGGAGGAGGAUUCUGCCCAGAAAAACAGGAACAUAAGCAGUGCGUUCGAAGAGGCUCUCGGGCAGCGAGAGCACGAGUUUCAGCUCAGCCAGGACGAGUUAUCGUCCACGCUUCAUAGUCGCGAGCUGCAACUCCGCAGCGUGUCUGGCGAGCUGGAGAAGUGCAAGCAAUCGCUAAAGAAAUGCCAGGAUGAGUGUCGGAAAGUGGAAGAGGCUAGCAAGCAAAAUGGGAAGCUUGUGCAGGAGAUGCGCUGGACGAGCGAGAGCCAAGACACAACGCAAAAAGCAAGGAUAUCAGAGCUGGAGACUGAGUUGCUGGAGUCUCGGCAGGAGGCAUCGGUUCUGAGGCGAAACGGCGAAGAGAGGUCUCAGCAACUUCAAGAAACACUCCAGGAGUUGAAAAGAAGUCAAGAGGCCACAAGGGAGGCCCACAGUCAGGAGUGUCACAAAUACCAAUCGGCAAUCGCACAGCACCGUGCCGAGAUAGAGAACAGCCGUGCAGAGUGCCGGAGACUGCAAUGGUGCAGUGAAGAGACUGGCAGGCAACGUGCUGAGGAUGUCUGCAGGUUACAGCGAGAUUUGGAGGAGGUGCGCGCCGAGGCUGACCAGCUGCGUAGCACAGCGUCGCAAGACUGUGCUGCACGCGACGUGGAGACCAGAACCCUGCGUGAGCAAGUCAAGCUGGCCAGACAGCGGCAGGAGCAACACGACAAAGAACUAGAGAAGUACAAAGCCGAACUCCAAGCGUCGCUGGCACGGCAGUCGUCAAUGGAGCGGACCCAUGACAAGGAGCACUUGGAGUGGCAGCAACGCUUGGAGACCUGUCAGCAUCAGCAGCAUCAGCGUCAGGAAGAACUGGUUGAGGCACUGAUGAAAGCCCGUGAUGAGGCCACAGCACUGGCUGAGCAGAGAUUGUCUGAGCUAUCGCAGCGGGACAGGGUACUACGCCUGCUGCAGGCCAGCAGAGCACAGGCGUUACGUGUGCUGGAGGAGAAUGGACUGGAAAAUCCUGGAGGGGAGGCAGAGCUGGUUGCCCUUGCAGAGGACACAGCGCUCGCAACCGAUUUGCAGAUUCAGAAUGAAAAUCUCCGCACUGUGAUCCGAGCAAUGCGUGAAGAGAUGGAACAGCUCGGUGCCAAGUCAGCUGACACGGCGCAGAAGUACAGCUUUUCUGACAAGUCAGACUACUCUGUGGCACUGGAGAAAGAGUUAUCAGACGUGAAGCGUACUAAUCGCGCUCUAAAGCUAGCGCUAGAGGAAGCGCAGGUGGCGGUGACAUCAGCCAAGGCAGAGUCGUCAUCUCAAGCCGUCGCUGUUCGGCAUUGCAGUGAGGAGAUGUCACAUCUCCGGGCACAACUCGAUGAAAGUCGACAAACAGUUGAUCGACUGAUCCACGAGAAAACGGAGAGUGUAGCAGCACUGCGACAUGAGCAGCUACGUUCUGUUCAUCUCCAGCAAAUCAUGUCCAGGUUGAAGGGAAAGACCAAGGGAGAUGUACAUAUUUCAGAGCUACCAGGCUCCCUGUCUAAACUAGCCGAUGUGGAGUCCCGGUUGCAGACAGCACUGUGGAGAAUCACGCAGCUGAGCGGAGAACGAGAUCGCCUUACUCAGCUCAGCAACAAACAACGCGCUACCAUCCGCCACCUAGAAACCUCGCUUGCCUCUGCCGCCACCAAUGCUGCAACUACAACUCCUGCUGCUGCUGUGAAUACUAGUGGGCAACCUGGAUAUGCAUUAGCGGCUACCGUAGGCACAAGUCACCCACACCAACACACACUGCAGCCACCAGCAGUGCAUCAGGAUGACAGAGGCUAUGCGGGCGCACCCGCCAGUGCUUACCAAGAUCGGAGGUCGCCUGCGCCUGCAGGUAUAGAUGUGAGGACACAUCAGCGUCAUGUAGAGCGUGCUGUGCGGCAGACUGGCAGCCAUGCAACACAGGCAAGCCAUCCAGAACCACACUACACUGUUCAGCAGCGUGACGCAGGGAAGACGAGGUCGAGCCAGAGUCGUAUUCCUGUUGCCACUCACCAGACAAGUAGCUCGGAGAAGCUUGUGCAGUCAGCUCCGAAGACCACCACACAUCCACAGCACAACAUGGUGACAGCAGCAGCAGCAGUAGCAGCACCCCAUACGUAUUCACCUCGUCUGCACGCUGGUCGGGAUGCGAGUGACGGGCCUGGGCCUGGGUCGCUCCGCCAACCCACUGAUGUCAGUCCAUUGUCUCUGUCCAGCUCCAGCGCCGCUGCUGCUGGUGUUCAUCAUGGGGCUGCUGCUCGCCCAAUGUCACAUGACCCAAUGUCACAUGACCCUAGGUCAUAUGACCCAAUGUCACGCAACCCUACUAGACACGACACUCUGAGGACUUCACCGGAAACUUCCGAGUCCAUGCAGCAUGUCUGGGCUAUGCUGGAUAAGGGAUUGUCCGAGAUUGAUAGCACUGAUACUGCACGAUCUGCUGCUCUCAAGUAGUGGAGAGCCUGUACCUGGUGCCGGUGUAGACAUCGGUGCAGCCACGGUCAGCUCUGUGUGGACAUCGGUGCAGUGUGGCCUGUGCUACUGAUCAUCGGCAAGGCGUAUAGUGCAUCCUACCUACUGAUCCAAGGCGUAUAGUGCAUCCUACCGACUGCAAGGCGGAUAGUGCAUCCAAGGCGUAUAGCGCAUCCUACCGACUAAUGCAAGGCAUGUGGUGCAUCCUACCGACUGGUGGUGGCUGCAGUCAUUGCCUACACAGAGUGAUUCCUGCACAGCUGUACGGCUUGCUGCAUGCUAUACUUCCACGCUCCGGAAGUAGAAUCGCUGCAUUGCAUCGACUGAUGCUUCACGUCCAGGGCAGUGUUGUGAAGAAUGACUGGUGUAGAAACUCUACGUUUUCGCCCAGAGUUGCUCCGGACUUUGAAGGCAAGCGAGCAGCCACGUCGUUAUCAGUGAAGUUUGGACUGCAAAUCAACUACAGAACAGAAACUCGAGAUGGCGACAUGUCGUUCUAGCUUGAGAGCUACAUGCCCCUCUCUUGGCUGAUUACGUGUGAUUAGGUUGUAAGUUUACUAAGAACUCUGCAAAUCACUGCUCAAUCACUGCUCAAAGCGACAUGCACUAGAUAGGCAGAGAAGAUGUUGUCCUGGACCUGUAGUUCUGCUGGUAUAAAUCAUUAUUACAUACCAGGGAGUCGGUAUUUUACGACUUCCUGUUACAUACGCAGCUGGAAUGCAACAUGCUUUUUUUGUGGUUUUACGGUGUACGGUGUUGACGCAGCCAGUUUGCUUGCUUGCAAUUCGCUGCCUUCCUGCCAAGUGUAUUGGGUGUCUUGGUGUUGGAUUUUGUUUUCAAAUCUACUAGUCUCUAAAUGUUGCAGACAAUGCUGCAGUUCAUGUCUGUUUUUAUUGAAGGUUAGUACAAUUGUGUACUUUAAUCUCUAAAUGUACCACCACCACCAGAUUGAAGUAUUUUCACAUAUUUACGUAUCAUCACAUUAUUAAAUUUAAUGGAUGUACCCCCCCC